AUGUUGAUGCAGUACUGGCCGCUUUUAUUUCAUAGCUUCCUCUCUCGUAGCUUCGUUCUGGCAAAACCUGAUGGUUCGUGGCAGACAUGGGGCCCAUAUCGCCCGAAUCUCUACUUUGGGGUACGGCCACAGAUUCCCGAGUCCCUGCUCAUGGGAUUGAUGUGGGCGGAUGGGACAAAUACGGCAGGCAUUCGAGAUACCUGUGAGCAAGACGAGGGCAUGCGCUACGGCUGGAGCAUAUAUGAUACACGUGUAGGAGGGUCCCAAGCCAUCUACGAUGAGGAAUUACAUAUCGAUCUGAAAAUAGAUUUCAUUAAGACGGAAGAUGGAAAAGGCUGGGCCGUUCGAAUUGUUGGCACUCCCAGAUCAGAUGCCCCCGGAGAUUUGAAAACAGCUAUCAUUAUACACGCCGCCGUAGAGCAGUCAACAAAUCACCCCCCGAAAAUCCUUGCGUGUGGGAUGGCUAAUCAAGGGGAGGCGAUGUGCAGCGGUGACAUCACAGGCCUUGGCCAAUUCACUCUCUACACUGUUGGGGAUGCCAGCAAUAAGGUCAUACAUGAUACUUUUGUCAAGAGUGUCCAAGUAUCAGAAGCACAGAUUUGGCAGGCCAAGUCUGUUUUCCAAAACCAGGUCCACGAUGUCAGGGAUAUCCAAGGUGAUGGGGUUGGAAACAUGCACUUCAUUCAAACCACAUUUGAGGGCGCCUUCGUCGUCACACUCACCUAUCAUGACUCAGAGUCAGAUCCCAUCAGCCCGGAUAACUUCCAAAGAACGUUGAAUGAUUUGCAUUCAUCAUUUUCGGCAGGCAUCAAAAGAGUAUUCCCUAGAAGUGCUCCUUUCAAAGAUGAGAAAUAUACGCCAUUUACUCAUUAUUUGCUAUCCAACCUCUUAGGUGGAAUGGGCUUCUUCCACGGAGAUUCAAAAGCUGAUCUUACCCACGCGCCGGAAUAUGAUGAGACGAAGCCAAUGUUCUGGGAGGCUGCAAAAGAAGCAAUGACCCACGCCGAUAUUACUACGAGAAAUGCAACAUCACUCCUUUCCUUUGUUCCAUCGAGGCCCUUUUUCCCACGCGGAUUCCUCUGGGAUGAAGGGUUUCACCUCCUGUUAGUCAUCGAAUGGGAUCUCGACCUAGCUGUCUCGGUUCUCCAAAGUUGGCUGAGUCUGAUGGACGAUAACGGCUGGAUGGGUCGUGAGCAAAUCUUAGGGCCAGAGGCUCGCAGCAAAGUUCCCAGGAAGUUUCAGACCCAGUAUCCGCACUAUGCAAACCCGCCAACCUUCCUGCUGCUGGCCAAUGUUUUGGUCUCCAAGCUCACCGGUCGAUCUACAUACACCGGGCAUAAAUCCAAAUAUAUCUCCUCAAGUCAAGAGGCUUCGGCUCUGUUGAAGAGGUUGUAUCCCCUCCUUUCCCGCCAUUACGGGUGGUUCCGCCGGACUCAGUCCGGGAAUUUCGGUGAUAGUUAUCCACGCCCGGAAGAUGCCGUUAAGGGAGAAGGGUACCGAUGGAGGGGCCGCACUCCCGAUCACACCUUGACCAGUGGCCUAGAUGAUUAUCCCAGAGCAAAUCCGCCUCAUCCCUCUGAGUUGCAUGUCGAUGCUCUGGCGUGGGUGGGUGCCUCGGCACGAGCACUUCAACAAGUGGCAGAGCUUUUAGGCGAAGACACAGAUGCCUCCAUGUACCAACAACAUGUAAAAGAUGUAAAGCACAACCUUGAUGUGCUUCACUGGAACGAUGCGGAGAAGGCAUACUGCGAUUCGACUACUACAGUCGGCACUCACAAUUCGCCAAUAUAUCAACAUGUUUGUCACCUCGGAUACGUGUCUCUGUUCCCCCUUAUACUAGGUCUAAUGGACGCUAAACAUAAGCACCUUCUCGAUACCCUCAAUCUUCUCUCGGAAACUUCCAAGCUCUGGUCACCAUAUGGGCUAAGAAGCUUAAAUAAAACCGAUCCUAAUUACGGGAAGAAUGAAAACUACUGGCGAGGGCCUGUAUGGGUCAACAUAAAUGUCCUGGCUAUAUUAAGUCUGCAUGAAAUAGGCCGUGAAGGUCUUAAUGAUGGAGAGAUGCCCUCGGAAGUGCAGAUGAGAGCUCUAUCCCUCGCAUCUAGCUUAAGGGAGGCACUCGUGACCACUGUAUAUGAUAGCUGGGAGGCCACAGGAUUCGCCUGGGAGCAGUACAACGACGAGACAGGUGAGGGAAGCCGCAGUAGGGCCUUUACCGGUUGGACAGCCUGUGUGAUUUUGUUGAUGGGGCUUGACUUUGGGGAAGAUGUCAGCAAGGGCGCCCACAUGAAAGCAAUUCAAAGUACUGCAGUCUUUGGGGCCGCUAUUUUGGCAGCUUUGAUUGUUAUUUUUAUUGUCGUGUUCAAACGGUGGCUAACGGUCGCCGCUAUGCGGACGAUGCAGUGGUGGAAUGCACAAUGUCUCAGAUGGGGGUAUCAACAAGUUCCGGUUGACCUGGACGAGUCCGGAUUUCUAUCGCAU